GUUUCUUUCGCCUUGACGAGAACUGAGAGGACGGUUGUUUCAUUCAGCAACUGUUUCCGACGCUCGAUUUCCAGCGCUCGCUCGAGGAAGCCUUGAUUGUUGUUGAAGGAGGAGGUUUUUGUCUGCGACGAUGACGGUGCGCGUGUGGACUGACGGUGAGUGAGGGGAGGGACAACAGGGGGAUGCAUGGGAUUCGAUGCCUUCUACAUCUCUCUCUCCGCCGCUUCUCUGUGAGCGCUGCCGCGUGCAGGUGCCUGCCUCGGCAAUGACCAUCCGCUCGUGCCGGCUGGGCCAUCUGGUUCGGCGAUGACCAUCCUCGGUAAGGGAAGGCACAGAACACAAGAGACACGACAGGAGGGGGGAAGAACACUGGUGGGUGCGUGUGUGUGUCUGUGUGUGUUGCUUGUGUGUUAGCAACGUCUGUGGUCGUCCGUUCGGCAAGGAGACGAACCAGCGUGCAGAGUUGGUGGCCGUCAUCAAGGCACUCGAGGCGUGCAGGUGCGGGCAGACGUGUGUGACGGCCAUCAAACACAACGGAUGGACUUCUGUGUGCAUGUGCAAUCUGUGCAGGAAUGACCUCAGCACCACCCUGGUCAUCUUCACGGACUCCAAGUACACGAUCGACUGCAUGCGCAAGUGGCUCAAGAAGUGGAAGAAAAAUGGCUGGACCAACUCAUCGGGCAAUGUAAGUACACUCUCCCACGCGGACCAAAGACAUGCAACUCAACAUCAUUGCAUCAUUGCUCUAUGUGUGUCGUGUGUAUGUGUUGUUCAAUCAGGACGUUGCCAACCAGGACCUGAUCAAGAAGUUGGACUCCCUCAUGCAGGCAGGCACAGCCACAACCCAAAACAAUACCGACCCGCACGUGUGUAUGUGUGGUGUGUGUGUGUGUGGGUCAGGAGCGCAAGAAGGGCGGUGCGCAUUGCCACCUCGAGCACCUGCCGGCCCACAACAACAAACAUGGCAACGAGCAGGCCGACCUCAUGGCCAAGAGGGCUGCCCAGAAUCUGCCCGUGCCUUCCUAUCCGGACAGCAUCAUCCUCUACGUCAACUACGUCAACUACGAUGACGACUCCGACUCCUCCGAUGACGACUACUACUAGUCCUCCUCCGAUCCCUCCGAUCACACACACACACACACACACACACAUACAUAUACACACACACACAUACACACACACACAUACAUGCAUACAGGCUGGUGGUAGUGGUGCCUUGGGGGAGGGGGAGGGGGAAGGAAAGCGGAGGACACGUGUCGGUCUGAGUGUGUACACACAAUACAGAUACAUAGAUGACUUACUUACGUCGUAUCCAUCCAUCCAUCCACCCAUACUCACUCGGGCGAUGUGGCGGUAUGGGUGUUCAGAGGAUAGGCUGGCCUGUCAUGUGCAGAUUAGGGCAGGCAGCUCACCUUGUACAGUCAGUACAGCACCUGUGAGAGAGCACCUCUCCUUCCAUCCACUACACACACACACAUAGAUACACACAGAGGUGGGUGGGUGUUCCUGUCUUGUCGAUAUGUGGGGAGGCAGGCAUCUCGCCACACCCAAGAGUUGCAUCUCAGGGAGGCACCUCAGUUGCCACCCUCGGAUGUUGCCUUGGGUGUGGCGACGUGCCUCCCUUCCCACAGCUGCGCUUUUUGUCGACGGACAAAAGCAAGCACUAAUGGACUGACAGAUGAGCGAUCGAGCGAGCGAGCGAGCGUGUGCGUCGCUGCAAAGCAAAGGCAACGCAGCAGAAGCACACGAUCGCUGCUUGGCUCGGAUCUGGUGGCCUGCCUUGUGGGGGAAGGAAGAGAGAGAGGGCAGACAGCCAUGCAAAUGGUAUGUCUGAUGCCGCUCUGGGCCUGUGGGUAAUGCGCUAAUGUAGUGCACGCAUGUACACACUUAUACAGUAUGUAUGUACAUAUGUGGGCGCUGACAGACAGGCCCUCCCGGGCCCCUGUUUUGUCAGAGUUCGUCUGACAGUCAUGACUGACCGACAAACGUGAGUGACGUGACUGAGUGCGAUUGAUUGGCCGGAUGGGUCAAUCAAUGCACCUGUUGUGGGUGGAGCCACUGCUAUGUCUCUCAUGUCUGUCUGUCUGACUGACUGUCUGUCUGCACCCAGAGCGGAGUGCCUGUACAGAAGGCUGCGCACACGACGGACGAGUUGGUUCUGAGUGAAUCACAUCACAUCC